AUGAAGUACAUCCUGCUGUCGUUGUGGAGGCAUCAUCCCUCCAAUGAGGCAAGGGCUUGUAGGGCAGCCAAUACGACCACCUUCAAAUUCUCGAAACUGCAUGUGGGCGACUACCCCAUACCUCCUCCCCCUCCAUCGUGGUCAGGGCACUUCGUGCCUGAACCAGCUCCACCUGCACCUCCACAAAAGACACGGGUUUCUCUCUCUCAAUUAAUGGAUGGCAACUAUGGCCAUCUACCCGCUGCCAUGCGCCCUCCCACCCCACUGCCUAUCCCCGAUGAGGACGAGGAUAUGAAGAGUGAUGGCAAGGUGACUACAGGGUCAGUCAACGAGGCUGCCCCUCUUCCUGAACAUCGUUUCCCUGCUGUGAUCCGGUCUGAGACCGAGGCUGCUGUUGCUGGUCCUUCAGACCUUUCUAAUGCUGCCAUUUCGGCUACCACUGGCCCUUCCUCCAAGAAGGUUUAA